AGGACGGCGUGGGGUUCCUCCGGCACCCGCCGCGACCGGGCCCUGCGCCGGCAGAGGCGGGCGAGCCGGAGAGCACCUUCCAGUUCGACACGGCGCCAUCUGCUGUCCCGGUCGUGAACGGGGAGCACGCGCCGCCCGCGGCGCAGCAGGGCUCCAGCGGGAAGGACGGUCCAGGCCUCUACAUCAUUACCCACAGCCAGACCGGAGUGACGUCGGGCGUGUCCAUAUCUUCGGGAAUUGUUUCCUUCCUGGAGACAGGCGCAGUGGUGAACGUGCUGGAGGUGUCGCAGAGCCCCGCCGAGGGGCGCGUGCGCGGCCGCACCGAGCGCCCGGCAGGCUGGAUCUCGUUGCUGGACACCACGGACGGAUACCGCUGGGCUGACCGACUGGAGGCGCCUCCUCCGCGGGGCGCGGCGGCUUCGCCCCCGAGCCGGACACAGGACAUAAUCCAGAUCGCGAUGACCGAGCUCUCUGAUGGCGUAGGCUGCUCGCUGAGCCCAGACCUGACGGUCGUCGCGGUGGUGAAGGCGGUGGCCAGGCAGUUCGGCUGGCGCCGGGGCGACAAGGUCCUGGCCGUCAACGGGGUCCAGGUGUCGAUGAAGUAUGACUUCAUCGGCGAACUGCAGAAGGC